AUGGCCGCCCUCCGCUCCAUCGCCGCCAGCCCGCUGGCCGCCCUCGCGCCUGCCGCCAGCGCCCCGUCCCGCUCGCUGCCGCUGCUCCGCCGCCUGCAGCAGCGCCCGCUCCUGCCGCUCUCGCUGCGUCUGCCUGUCCCGGCCGUCGCUGCCAUUGCCGGCGUUUCGGGGCUCCUGUCGGGCAUCUGGGAGUCGAUACUGCGCGCCGUGCCCAAGAAGAAGACAUCGCACAUGAAGAAGCGGCACAGGCAGAUGGCCGGUAAGGCAUUGAAGGACGUCACUGAGGUUGUCAAGUGCCCUGGCUGCGGCAGGCCCAAGCGCGCUCACAUCCUGUGCCCCUACUGUGUGCAGUCGAUCCAGCACUGGUUGAAGGGCAACGAGGACUAUGUCUCGAAGGAAUGA